GCGCCCCCUGGCUCUAGCUAACCAAUCUCAGUCCCACUGUCGGUUGGAGCAUUUCGCCCGGAGCCUCCGAGCGUGCUGGUUGCCGGCUGCAGCUGGGAGCUUGGUUGCGCAAUUACUUGCCGCCACUGCGGCCGCGGCCAAAGCCACCUGGGCAAGGAGCGAAUUUGCCGCGAGGUUCCCACCUCCGAAAGAGGUGUCCCUCACUGCGGGCCAAGUGCCAGAGAAGCCGUGCACGCACCUCUCAGCUAAUACCUGACGAUGGGCAACUCCUGCUUCGGCCUCAAGGAACGCCUGAUGAAGCGGCUGCGGCCCCUGCCGACCGUGAUCGUCAUCCGCACCUGCCUGCCCCAGAGAAGGAGCAGAGAUUUCCGCGUGGUGGUGCUCGGCUCGGCCGGCGUGGGCAAGAGCGCGCUGGUGCAAAGGUGGGUGCGCGGCAACUUCCGUGAGGCGUACCUGCCGACCAUCGAAGAUACCUAUCGCCAGGCGCUAGGCUGCAGCCACAAGGCGGGCGCGCUGCACAUCACCGACACCACCGGUGGCCGCCGCUACCGGGGCCUGCAGCGCCUUGCCAUUGCCAGGGGUCAUGCCUUCAUCCUGGUUUAUUCUAUCACCAGGAAGCAAACCCUGGAGGAGCUGAAGCCGCUCUAUGAGCUGAUCCGUCAACUCAAAGGUAACAACCCGCAAAAGUGCCCCGUCAUCCUGGUGGGCAACAAGUGCGAUGAGAGCCGUCGGGAGGUGAGUGAGAAGGAAGGUGCUGCCUAUGCGUGCGAGUGGAAUUGCGCCUUCUUGGAGACCUCGGCCAAGAUGAAUAUCAACGUCCAGGAGCUGUUCCAGUUGCUGAUUAAUUUCGAGAAGAAGCCCGCCGCCGCCGCGGCCCCUGCCGGCACCCAGGCGCCGCAGAAGAAGUCCCAGAUCCCGAAGACCGCCGAGAAGCUGCUGGGCAAGUGCAUCGUCAUGUGAACCCUGAGCCUUAAAGAUCGCGACCCCGCUUCUUCUUCAGUGUGCCGAAAACAUGGACUGUCCCCUUGUGCUCUGUCGCCUAUCCUCACUGGCUUUUGUGCUGUGAUUUGGGUUGUAAUAAUUAGAGGUCAAUAAUUGUUUCUUGUGGGUUAAUCACUUUCCUUUUCCCCAGGCGAGAGAACUCGAAUUGUUAAAGUAAUGGACGUUGGAGGAGGAGAGGAAAAAAGGAUGCCUUUCAAGGAUGGGACUUGGGUGGACUUGAGAGAUUAAUGUUUGAAAAAGAGACUGGAAAUAGCAAGAUGAAUUGAAAGAUACCACUGCCCUUCUUGUAAUCCUAUUAUUGUGUCUUAUUCUUAAACAUUUCAAGCUCUGUAAGUGUCUAAUCAUAGCUCCCCAUUGUGUAUUUAAUUGUUAAAAAUCAUGUUUUUUCAGCAAAAGCUCUGACAGAUGGCUGUGAGACAGAAAUACUAAACAUGAUAAAUAAAUGAAUGUCCUAUAGUUGAGCAUUGAGGGUGGUGGGAGAAGAGAGAAUUGUUAAAGUAGAUCUUGCUUACUAUAUAUGUGCCACUUGUUUCCUAAGUCAUUUAAAAAUGUUUUAGUAUUCUAUAUCCCUGUUUAAAAAAAUUAUAACAGUUCCAUGACUUAAUAAAGCUUUUCCUGCAUGCA